AUGUUUCCGAUUCAAUUGUGCGCGUUACGCAGCCUCUCGAAAAAUCAGCUCAAGAUUCCGCAUCAAGGGAGGGCGACAAAGAAAACUAGGUCAACAACAGUACUUACCGAGACAGUAACCUGGAGUACGACAAUCAUCUCUACCACGAUUCCGACAACCACAACGACACGAACGACCACCUCGACAGCCGCAGCCACUUCCGCUGCGAUUUCGACCACCGUCACAAGCAGUGAGAUUACCUCAAUGACACGAACGACCACCUCGACAGCGGCAGCCACUUCCGCUGCGAUUUCGACCACCCUCACAAGCAGUGGGACUACCUCAACCGUUACAGUCACGUCCACGACGUCCUCGUCUCCUGCAAUGACAAUGACUGAUACCAGCUAUACCACUGCUUCGACAACCUUUUCUGAAGAUUCUACUUCCACCACCACCACAGCGUCUCCGCCUCAGACUGUGGAAGAAGCUGGGACUUCAACGGCUUCAACAAAGUAUUCAACUUCCAAAAGCUUCAAGGAUCGGGCCAUCGAUGAUCCUGUCGAGCGAUGGCUGAAUGACCUUUAUUUUCACCCCCCGCCAGGGGAACGCCAAAUUCGCUAUAAUCCCUGUGAGGAGCCUGACCUCCCAGAGGAAGAAGAUAUGCUGCUUCAAUUCUUAUUCCUAGAUAUGCCAGCGAAUCGGGGCUUUCCGGUUUCACCGGCAUUUCCUACCACACUACGUGCCAUUGACCCCACCUCCAUCGUCAGUGGCGUCGGACGAAUCUGA